AAUAUCAAAACUCUCUGAUUUUGACUGGCUAAGAUUCAACGGGCAAUUUCCAUCUUACAGACCCAAUUCGUGUUCUCUGUUUUGUUAUGUUACAAAGCAGAGGUUUUUAUUUAUCUUCCAUAUUCCUUUCCCACUGAUUCUUACAAACCGAUCCAAAGGAAUCUUACCAAACUGUUUCUUGAUUCUGUUUUGUGAAAAAAGUCUUGAUCUUGCUGUUUGGAGUAAUGGUGGGUGCUUGGUUUGUCGUUGGCUCAUCGGUGAUGGACUCGUCGAGCAGUCCAUGUUUAUGUCUGGAUGCGGGUAACAACAUCAGGAGCUCUCCGAGGAAGAAGAUCCUUAGCAGUACAAGAAAUCUGGAAUUAGGCAGCUCUUUUACUGGCUCACGCAUUGUUUUUAGGCUUUCUCCGAAACGGGUAUCGAGGAUUGCGAAUCGAAGGAGCAAAAAGCUCUUGAUUGUGAAUGAGGACAUUGCUGGGAAUUACGAAGAUACCUUCGGUGAUGUACAAAAGCAAAUUGUUAAUUAUUUCACAUACAAAGCUGUGAGGACGGUUCUUCAUCAGCUCUACGAGAUGAAUCCUCCCCAAUACACUUGGUUCUAUAAUCAUAUCAUAUCGAACAGACCAACCGAUGGCAAACGUUUCCUCCGUGCACUCGGCAAGGAGAAUCAGGAGCUUGCAGAAAGAGUGAUGAUUACGCGUCUCCACUUGUAUGGCAAGUGGAUCAAGAAAUGCGACCAUGGGAAGAUAUACCAAGAUAUAUCAGAUGAGAACUUGGCGUUGAUGCGUGAACGCCUGAUGGAGACAGUGAUUUGGCCUUCUGAUGACUCAGAGGUUGUUGGGUGAAAGAAGGCUGCGCACACCACAACAGUAAACCUUGUCAAACCGCUUCUCAGCUUUUAGGACUUUUGAGUUUUCUUAGUCUGAUUUACAUAUUAUUGUUAUAGUCAAAAGAGCAGUGUGUGUGUAUAUGAAAAUGUCUAUUCUUUGGCAUGUACAAUAUGAAUAUUAUGGGCAAAAACAAUAUACCCCUUCUUGUGUUCGGAAUC